AUGAUGGCAUCGAAUACUACUGGCAAUGUUCUCACGCUUUCACGCGUUAUCUAUAGUAGUGAAAUAUCAAAGCAUUUACGUCAACAAUAUCCGAAAGUUUAUGAGCUUUUAUGUUGGGAUUUGGAAAAUACAGCAUGUGCAUUAUAUGCCACUGGUGCCUUUGAAUUGUUCCAAUUUACAAAAACAUUACGUUAUGCUCAAUCUGGUACAAACAACAUUAAAACAUGGAGUGAUUAUAAGGAAGGGAUUCAUCAAUAUCUGAAGAGUCUUAAUGAUGAUGUUCGUCUGGGACCAGCACGUCAAAUCCUUGCUGACCACAUUCACAAUGAGCAUUUUGCGAAAUUUCCCAACUGGCCAUCCAUUUUUUCUCGUUCCCAAGAAAGUAAUGUUUCUAUUGACAUUUCGUCGAGUUAUCCGUUUAGUAGUUAUUGGUAUGUUGGUUGGUCAUGUAUCGGAUAUAUUAAAGUCUCAGAUGUCCGAUCUGGAUUCAAUUCAUAUUACACAGAUUUCGAAGGAAAACCUGAACUAAAAAUUUUAUAUUGCAACGAGACAAAGAUGAAAGAAUUUGAAACGCUCGCGAACGGAGAUAUGGAAGAAGCCAAAGGUUUAAUUAAAACAAAUAAAAAACAACUUACCUUUCGAGACCUUGAAGACGCACUUUCAAGAUAA